AUGUCACUGUCUUGGAGGCCAGAAGCUUGGCUCAAUCCCUGCAGAAGUAGAAGAGCGAAACAAGACGAAGAAGACAAAGAAGAAGAAGAAGAAGAAGAAGAAGAAGAAGAGCGAACCGAUCAUCUGGAGCGCGAGAAGGAAGAGGUUCUGCUACUAAAGGGUUUAGUGGAGCACGGGGCUAAAAAUCCAGACUUUGAUUGGGAUAAGUUUUUGAGUUACGCUCAAGGCUCUGGUAAAGAAAAGCUCACGGAAGAUGAAAUGAGAAGCAAAAUCGGAGAGCUUCAAAGGAAGUAUCUUUGUCAGAGGAAGUGUCUUGAGCAAGGACAAGAACAUCUCUUUGUCUUCACUAGGACUAUGAUUCUGAAGCUUUUGGGCAUGCAGACUUCCUCUGGAGCCAUAUUGAUGAAUCGCAGGACCAGAAAGGAGGAGACUAUGAGUGCCUUAAACGAAAAUGGAGCUGAGCAGACAGAGGAGGGCAGGACCGUUGGAGAAGAGAGCCGUGAAGACGAUGGUGAUGAUGAGAAAGCGGUCACUGGAGAAGUGGGAAAGAAGAGGGUCGAUGCUGUGAUGAUUGAUAAAACCCCACUGGUCAUCAUUACCCCACAAGUAACACCGAUAGCAAGAGGAUCUGUUUCACCUGUAACAAAAGGAAAUAAAUCCUCUGAAAAUGGUUUGGGAAAUGAUUCAACUCCACCCAAGUUGCCUGAAGUGGAGAAUAGCCAAGAUGAGAGUAGAAAAAGGAAAAGAGGAGAAAAACUGAAUGAAACUGCUUUGCCUUUUGAAAAGAACAAGUCUCCGUAUUGGAAGACAUUGGGGAGUCGCAAAUCCAUACCUCACUUUAGGCCAUUGCUCGAAGCUAGAGAAGAUAUCCGUGAGUGGGCAGCGGUUGGAAUGAUGGUGAGCUAUUACGGUUUACUAGAGCAAGUCAGAGACCUGAAACCGAAUGAUUCCACAAGCACAUUCGACAGACUGUGUGUUUCCUUUGCCGAGCUAGGGAAGCAUGGUUUUGACAUUGCAGAGCCUCAGUCACGGAUCGUGAAGGUGUUGUCACUCAAAGAUGGGCUUGCAAAGAAAGCCGAGGAAAGGAACAAGCUUGAAGAGGCAGCGAGGGAGAAGCGCAAGGCAGAAGAAGAAAUGGCUGAGUUACAACGGGAGAUCCUUGAGCUGCAGAGACGAGGUGCGAUUGCGCAAGAGGAGAAGAAAGCUGCUGAGAAAAUGAUGCUUGAAAUGAAAUCAAACGCAGAGACGAUUGAGCGAGAGAUUGAAGAAAUGGAGGAGACGUUGAAUGCCGAUGAGCAAGCAGUUAACGCAAGUUUAAGUGAAAACCAGAAGAAGAUUCAUCUUGAGAAGAUGAUGAAGAACAUUGGGGAUGUGCAAAGAAGAGAGCUGAGCGAUGAGUGGAAAGUUUUAUGCUCCGAGGAAGCAAGACUUAUGUCAAGAAGCUUAAGUUUACGGCUAAGUUUGCAGAGGCUGCAAACGAUGGAUGAGAACAAGAAAGCAAUAGCAAGCAUUUUGGUGAUGUGA